CUUCUUCUUUGUGCUUACCGUUCUGAUAGACUGUUUUUUCUUCUCGUUUCUUCGUUGGUGUGUGUAUGUGUAUGUGUGUGGGUUUGUGCGAGUUAUAGAGCUUCUUGUUGGGUGAAUGCGGGGUUCGAUCUGGGAUCUGCGUGCUUUGUAUGGUGGCACUGCUUCGUCGUUGUAUUCUACAUGUAUUUUCUCAGGGAAGUGCGACAUGGGUGUGUGGUCAGUGAUAAUUUUGAGUGAGUUUGAAUGGUUAUCGUUAUGUUUUGUGCUUAUUCUGAGAUGGGUAUUGCUCUGCUCGCUCGGGUAUUGUGGUGGACACGGCCGCGUCGGGUUCCACGAAGGUCGGUGGAGUUCGGGUUUGGGUCGUUUUUAUGCUAUGAAGAGCAAGAAAACGCCUGGGUCGUGGUGAUUUUGACCCGAAUUGGUAUACAUGCAUGAGAGUUGGUUGCAUGGUAGCUUCUGACAGCUUGAUAUUGGGAUUUUGCCUCUGUGACGAAAUUUGCAUGGGGCUGCUGAUCAGGGAUCUUGUACUCGCAUCGUGGUGUUGAUUGCGUUUAUACAUGCAUUUAAUCUGAGCAUGGUCCUUGUAGAUUGCUGGAGAAGUUGGUUCAAAUGGUCGCCUUAUAAUUGAGGACCUCCAGUAGUGGUUAUGUCAGUGAAUUUAGAUUUGUUGCAGUGAAACUGCCAGAUAUUCGUAAGGAAGUACAAUGUCCAAUCUGUCUAGGGAUCAUUAGGAAAACUAGAACAGUAAUGGAAUGCCUGCAUCGCUUCUGCAGGGAAUGCAUUGACAAAUCUAUGCGGUUGGGGAACAAUGAAUGCCCUGCCUGCCGGACACAUUGUGCUAGUCGUCGCUCCUUAAGAGACGAUCCAAACUAUGAUGCCUUAAUUGCAGCCUUGUAUCCAGAUAUUGACAAGUAUGAGGAAGAGGAAUUGGCUUUCCAUGAAGAGGAAAGGGCUCGCAAUAAGCAGAUACAAGCUUCCAUUGCCCAAACUCUUCAACGGCAAGCAGAAGCUCUGGGUAAGAAGCGGUAUACAGUUAGGAGAUCACGGGGCUAUCGAAAUUUGAGAGGAAGGAGAAACUAUCGAAAUGCUGCUGAAAGUCCAGGAUCCGAUGACAACGAGGAUGUGAAUGGUAAUGAUGGAGGCAAAGAUUCAUCUUCUGCUGAUGAGCACACAGAAGUCAGACCCAAGAGAAGCAAAAGAUGGGGAGGAGCUCGAUUUUCUCAGCCUUCUCCUUCAGCUGCUGAUGUAGAUGGAGGCGGUGAUGAAAAUGAUUCUGAAAUAAAUCGAGAACCCAUGGGUGCAUCUGCUGGACUUGUUGGCAGCUCAGAAAGGCUUGCCUGGGGCAAAAAUGGCAUGCGGAGUCACACACGGUAUAGCAGUAUGAGUGGUGGAAAUGGUAAGAACGCUCGGAACAGCCGCCUCUCAAAAUUAGCUGAUUAUCUGCGGAACUUAGAGGAAAAGGAUGAUAAGUUGACUAUCAACCUCAUGCUUGUUUCUUUGGAUGAACAAAGUAUCCCACGUUUGGAGAGGCCCUACCUUUGCUGCAGGUCCACCCUGUCAGUCAGACAACUGUGCCAGUAUGUAGCAGUCCAGGCUGCAUUGGAAGAUAAUGAAGUUGUACUAUACUUGGUAAGAGAAUUACAUUCCAAAAUCGACCUUUCAACCUCCGCAAGUUCUCCACUGUCCAAGUCCAAUGUAAUUGAUCCGGGCAAAGAUAAGUUACGAGUUCUAGGGGAGGAGGAAACUCUGGCAGGACUUAUGACAAACUACUUUAUUCAUGGAUAUUUGCUUCUGGCAUACACAAGGAAGUCAUGGAACUCGAAUUUUCUGACGGGUUUGUCAUGAAGAACAACAAGAUUUCUCAUAUUUUGUUUAUCAAAGUGUGGUAUAUAGUUAUACUGACAAUGGGAGUCUGUGCUAAUAGAUAGUUUCAAUUCUCUAGGCUAUUUUAUAUUAGGACCAAAUCAAAGCUUUCCCAGGUUGGAAAGUACACAGAAAAUGAACAUAUUAGAAUCAGAAAAGUUGUUGUCACACUAAAAGGUUCGUUACCACUUUCCACAAGCAUCCAUAUAGAUUUGUCUAAGUAACCUAACCGUCACUAUAUUCCCUUGAAAGUGCAGUGCAUGCUUAUAUUGUUCUUUCUACUACUGCUAAUGAGCUCAAAUCAACCAAACAAGAGUUUUCAUCA